AACAACGAGUAACUAGAAAUGAUAUUACGCUUCCUAGUACUCGAGAUGACCAGCCGUCUGCUAUUAAUUUCGCUGUAGGAGGAGCUGAGGCUGACGUUGAGGUGAAACUGGAACUGGCUGAAUCGCCAUCAACCUUUCGCACCACCGAGCAAAGAACAGCCUCACUUCUCGUAGAUACUCAACAUCAUGAACCUCUUCGUCG